AUGUUCAUUUACAUAUUUACGAUCCUUAUAAUUGCUACCACGACACUUGCUACACCAUUACAAGCCAAGUUCUCAUCAUGUCUCUCCUCAUACUCCCCCAUCGCUGCCGGUCAGAAUCGGAUGAACGUUUCGGACGUAUAUGCCCAGAUCGUUCCUGCGGAUGAGGCGAGAGAAUUGGGAUUGACAGGAGAUGGACAUAAGGUGCUGAGGGUUGAUUUGAUCGGCGUAGUAGGUGCCGAGGUGUCGGGAUAUGAUAAUGAUACCAAUAAACUAGCUACCUUGUUCACCAAUACCAAAGCAGCAACAUGGCACGUCUACGAUUCAACUUCAUGGUUGUGCAAUUCCCUAUUCCCAUCUGAAUUGCCAACACCAUAUUCCCCAUAUAACACAACUUAUUGUCCUUUACCUGCUGGCAACUUCGCUAUCAACCUAUCAAUCCCCUUAUACAGCUCAUACGCCCUUACGACCUUACAAACUCAAGUGAGGAUAGUGGAUACAUCGGCGGAAGCGGCGAAUCUGGCGUGUUUAGAUAUUCAAGUUUCGCCGUAUGAUAGGAAAGGGUGGUAUUACAGGUUAUUCCUAUGGUUACCUGUUGCCACGGCUAUUGGGUUCUGGAUAGUCAGUUGGGGAGCAAGAUUUGUCACUGGUUGGAUCGUAGGAAGUGGUGUAGCUGAAUAUGAUCAGAAAGAAUCCAGCGCACUGAAAAUCGCUGGAAUGGGUGGACCGAAUAAGAGAGAAGUGAGGUUGAGGAAAUGGGGUACGAUGAUUAUAAGUGGUUUAAGUGGAGAAAGGCUCAGUGUCAGUGGUGGUCUCCUUAGAUUUUGUACACCAUCUUUAAAGGACAUAUUGUUCCACAUUCAAUUCUGUACCAUGCUGGGAAUGAUAGCUGUCAAUUGGCCAGAAUUUGCUUACCCGAUAUUCGCUCGAGGUGCUUGGGCGGACCUGGUUUGGAAUACCACCUUGAUACAAGGCUCCGAUGCCGAAAACAAGCGAGUCAGCGCUUACCCUGCCAAUUAUACUGUACCAACGGCCUUUGCAACGCAGAUGAACGAUGCUCAGUAUCCUCUUUAUCUCGACACAACAACCUUCAAUCCUCUAUUUGAUAGCCACAACUCGUCUCAUGGGAUGGAAUCGUUCGCCACUGCCGUCGGUCUACGUCCACAAGACCUUUUUGGUACAUGCUUAGCCAUCUUCUUACUGCUCACAGCUGCUGUCGUCUUGAUAAGCCUGUUCAUCUGGUUCUUUCAUGGAUUAUUCGAAUAUCUCUCAAUCGGAACGACGAAACAACAUGGUAGUCCCGGACCUAAACGAGCAAGUCUGGGAAGUAGCCCAAGAGGAAGUUUAGGUGGUAAAGAAGCCUAUGAUCCUAGAAAUCCAUCAUUAUGGUCAGAUGGACCAAAUUCGCUGCCCACAAGAGCUUCACUUGCUCAACAAGCUAAAGUCAAUUCCGCUUCGCCUUUCAGAAGGAUAUGGUUGAGAUUUAGAUUGAAGGGUGAAGCAGGUGCUUUCCAUGCAGCUGCACUGUAUGGUAAUCUUAUCCGAUUGAUCCUCAUCUUCCAUAUGCCAAUAACCGCAUUUUCGAUAUACCAGCUCACUCUGGGUAGUCGAGCAAGCAUUGUAUCUCGUGUCUUUGCAGCUUUGGCGUUCGCGUUCAUCUCAGUAAUCAUUCCCGCUUUCAUCCUUUACCGAAUAUCCAGAACUGCCAGUGGUAAGCUGUACGAUGCGACAAGAACUUUACUUUCACUUGGACCAAUGUAUAACAUUUACGUGGAAAACAAGCAGAUGUACCGGAUCGUCCCUCUCACUGCGAGUUUGAUCGUAGGGAUAAUUGUUGGUGCCGGUCAGAAAAGCGGUAUCGCGCAAGCUAUCAUUGUCAUCAUAGUGGAAUUAGCCAUGUUAAUCAUCCCUGGAGUUUGGUAUCCUUGGGGCGAAGGCGCAAGUAUGGGUGCUUCGAAUGCUUUCUUGGGAUUGCUCCGGCUAUGUACCAUGGUAUUGGUCAUGCUAUUGAGCCCACCUAUCGCUCUUAAUACUCCUACCAACGAUUGGAUUACUUAUGCCAUAUUCAUCCUCCAAGCGAUAAUAUUCAUCUUUUUCCUCCUCAUGCUUAUAACAAAGAUAAUCGAGGGAUCAAUCCGUAUCUUCGGCGGUGUUCAUUUCGACGAAUCCACACAUCCAUUAGAUGGAGGGAUAUUCGCUGCUAUAAUGGAUUUAGAUUGCCUAAAUGGAGUCAGAGGAGGAAAAGCGGCAGCUAGGAAACGAAGAAAGAGAGGUUCAAGGCAACUACAGCGAAACGUGUCUGCCGCUGGGUCCUUGACGACUCAAAUGAUGUUAGAUAGACACUCUCAAGGUGUUUCUAGACAUCCUGUAGUGUCCUCUGAAGUAUCAACACCUUUCCUCACUCCCGGCUACCCAGCGAUGCCGAUGCAGCAGAGAGAAGAUCAAAGCUAUUUCCCUGGCUAUGCACCUCCUCUUGGUCCUCCUCCACCUGAGCAGGAAAGGUUGAGUUCGGAGUCGAGAUCUGCUGAAGGACACGGUGAUGCGAUCAUGGAUGCUUGGAGACCUUCUCCCAUCAGUACCAGCAGUAAAGGCGGUUACGCUCCUCCGGGUACCUACGUUCCUUCAGCUACUUCACCUACCAAUGGCAUGUAUGGUCAACCGCAUCAAGGCUCAACACCUCAGAGAAGCUUCUCUGUCGUACGAGGUGGAAGAGCGGAUGCGGAGAAUCCUUACGAAGUCUUAGCAGGACCUGGACCAAGACGUGAUUCGUCUGUCAGUGUUGGAUCUGGAGGAUAUGCACCUCAGAUACGGGUGUCUCAAGUAUCCCACAGACCGAUGUCUCCGCCUCACAAUAGACAACAAUCAUCAUCAGCUAUCAUCGAAACUGCUCCCCCGCUUGCUUCUCCAUCCUUGACCUCAAGAUUCUCCCCCAAUGCUACAGCUGGUCCAUCCAAUCAAAUGCAGCAACAAGGUAUCAGACCUAACAACGUUGGAUUGAAGCCCCCCGCUCUAGCUAUACCCAAACGACGAUCGUUGAAUGAUCUGAAACAUGAUCCCUCACCUGAUAGUAAUUACUCCAAUUCGACGGUGAAGAAGCAUAAGAAGAACAAAUCAUCCGGAUGGUUCAAUCGAUCUCACGAUAAAGGAGGUAUAUCAGAUGAAUCGGACGAAGAGUCAGAUGACGAACCUGGACCAUCCAAACGCAAGACUAAGAAGAACAAUCGUAGAAAAUCGAAUUUACCUGGUACAGAAGGAUUUAGAGAACCAUUACCUUUUGAAGAUGUACCCUUAAGUCCCGAGAUGCAGUCUGCGUCUCCUACUGGCGGAGGUGGUGGAUUUGGUUUCUUUGGAUUUGGGAAGAAGAAAAGAUCUCAAUUGGACGAGGAGAUUGCUUCUCAAGCUAGGGACGAGAAUAAAGCUAGAAAGGCUGUGUUGGCUGCUGAGUCUGGAGCUCUAUUCGCAGGAGUCGAAUCUCCUUCGCCUAAUGCUAAGAAAGCUUUCGUAGUGAAACGGUCGGGUGGAUCACCCAUGAACUCUCCUACACCGACGUCGACUUCGUCAAAUUACGCAAAAGCAAGUUCGACAUUCAAAGUGAAGAGGAUCAACCAACCUUUACCUACACCCACACCGCAGACUCAUCAGGUCCCAUCAGGCAAUGUCGUAUCGUCAGUACAUCCUAGUCCGAAUUUGGGAACGAUCACGACAAACAGUUCAAGUGCGAAUGUCACGCCUAGAAGUGUUGAUCAAAGUUUACCUUCUUCCACCAACUCAAACAAUGGGAAUGGGAAUGGGUCGAAGGGGUUUAGGGUAAUUAGACCACCAAAAUUCGGGACGACAGCUGGUAAUGAACCAUCAACACCUCAACCUCAGACUCCCGUCAUGCCAUCUACCAGUACUAGGACGGCCAAUACCCCUCAGUCGACGGGAUAUCCACCAAGCGCAUUCGUACCCAUCUCAUCAUCUCCUGCUCAACAUCCGAACAGAUUGAGUGGUCAGAGUUUCACUUCGGAUGGGAAUGGAGGAUUGGCACCUUCAAGACCGGUAAGGGAUCCUAGAAGAUUGAGUGGGGAGAUUAAUCGGUAA